GGUGCUUGAGGCUGCGUUCGGCUGUGCUGCAGAGAGGCAGAGAGGAGCGCGCUCCCUGGUCACUGCGUCCUCUGCCCCGGCGCCUUCCCGGCUCCCCGGCGUCUCGGGCAACUCCCAGCCGUUCCGGGGAAUAGCUCUCCGCGGCCUUCCAGGCCACUCACGGGCCCCGCGCGCCCUACUGCCUGUCGCCCAGCCGGCCGCACUCGUCCCCGGAGCCGGGCCUAGGGCGCGCGGCGGCCGGGCUGGGCUCGGGGCGUCCCGAUGGCCGCGGCCGGCUGGCGCGACGGCUCCGGUCAGGAGAAGUACCGGCUCGUGGUGGUCGGCGGUGGCGGCGUGGGCAAGUCGGCGCUCACCAUCCAGUUCAUCCAGUCCUAUUUUGUGACGGACUAUGAUCCAACCAUUGAAGACUCGUACACAAAGCAGUGUGUGAUUGAUGACAGAGCGGCCCGGCUGGACAUUUUGGAUACAGCUGGACAAGAGGAGUUUGGAGCCAUGAGAGAGCAGUACAUGAGAACGGGCGAGGGCUUCCUGUUGGUCUUUUCAGUCACGGAUAGAGGCAGUUUUGAAGAAAUCUAUAAGUUUCAAAGACAGAUUCUCCGAGUAAAGGACCGUGAUGAGUUUCCCAUGAUUUUAAUUGGCAAUAAAGCCGACCUGGAUCAUCAGAGACAGGUAACGCAGGAAGAAGGGCAGCAGCUAGCGAGGCAGCUCAAGGUCACCUACAUGGAAGCAUCGGCUAAGAUCAGGAUGAAUGUAGAUCAAGCUUUCCAUGAACUUGUCCGGGUUAUAAGGAAAUUUCAAGAGCAAGAAUGUCCUCCGUCACCAGAGCCCACCCGGAAGGAAAAAGACAAGAAAGGCUGCCACUGUGUCAUUUCCUAAGAGUUCCUUGAGUUUUAGCUGACAACUGCCAGGGAAGCCCUCAUCUCUGUUACCGUUUACAUCAUGCUGGUACCUUUGUAGCCUUAGACUGAUGAUCACCGUGUUAGCCUUACACCAAGAAGCUGGCUAAUCUUUCCGUGAAGCUAAUUGUAACGGUCUUCCCCAGACCGGUGUAAAGGAAACACUAAGGCUGCUACAGAUAUGACCCGAUUCCUUUAAAAUACAUGACUACACACACAGAUGCAUUCUUUAAGGGCUUACAUUUUAAUCGGGAUGAACCAAGUUUGGAACCUAAGCUGUUUGCUAAGCUGAAGUCAUAGGUUGUGAAGUAAUUUUUAACUUCUGGAAUCAUGUUGCCUACUGUUACUCUAAAUAGAAACAUAGGGAGGUUUUUUUUUUUUUUUUUUAAAUGUGAAGUUUUGCCUAUCUUUAAAACUUUUGAUGUCAACUCUCAUUAACCUUAAAUACACUGAAUGGAAUCUACAAACGUGAGACAUCUCAGACCUUUUCUGAUGCUACAGCUUUUGUUUUCCAGUGGCCAGAAUACCAAAAUGCCUGUUGUAUUUAUGGAUUAAAAACUGCUGAUCAAGCCUUUGUUAUUAUGCCUCCUUCAAGAUGACAAUAUUCUCUGUGGCCAAAUGUUUGGACUCAUUCUGCUUUUUAGGUGUUUCAUUGAACUUGAUUUCUUUCCCCAGCUAUGGUAAGGGUAAGAGUGAACCGCUCCUGUUUGUCUUCCUUUUCAAGUAUUCCUGGUUACGGGAUUUAAAAAAAAAGAAAAAAACCCCAAAAAAAAAAAAAACAAAAAAACAAAAAAAACAAAAAACCAACAACACAAAAACAAAAAUCCACACAAACUAAAACUGUUUCUGUUUGAUGUAAUGUAAAAUAUGGAAUUGAUCUUUCCAGAGUCAGAGAUGAUUAAUGUUUUUGCUAUAUACUUUUAUACGUUAUUUUCUUAUCAAACUAGUUAACAAGUAUUUUUAUAUGUUUGUAAGCGAAUAUGCUUUCACAGCGUACCUUGUGUAUAUGUAAAGAUGAGUAUUUAAUUCUCACUGUUCACUGUUAACUGACAAAGAAAAAGUGGAAACCUUGGUUCUUGUCACAGCCACCAGUGACCACUAAUCAGGAAACUUCCCGACAGAAAAACCAGGACGAGACUGUGAAGUCACGUUCAAUGUCCCUGCUAGAUAUUGACUUGUUACAUCAAGUAUUCUGUGUAAAACCUCUACUUGAUAAUUAGUGUAACUGUGGAUGGCUUCUGAUUUUGUUUUUAACUUUGUGGAUUGUGUUUAAGCAAUUCAAAGUGUGUUCCUGGUUUUGCAACUCUCAGUGGUAUUGCACAGUGGCCACUUUAUUGAACGUGUACAACAGUCCCAUGAAGUUUAUAAAGUGGACCCUUGUAUCGCUUCAGGUGCUAGAAUUAAAAUUGACCUGUUAUCACCAGA